AUGGAGACAAACGGCGCAGGGUCGCCGCAGUCGAAUACAUUCUGGGAGUGGAAAUCUCCGUUGCCGUACGUUUUUAUAAGCUUAGGUUUAGCGUUCGGAAUCAUUCUCGUGGCGAUCAUCAUCCUCGCUUGUUCCCUGCACAAGCAAUCCUCCGGCGCCGGCGCCGGCGCCGGCGACGGUGACGAGAAAUCAGGAUCGUCGCCGGUGAGCCGGAGCGCGGAGAUGAGCCCCAGUUUCAUCGUCGUCAUGGCCGGCGACGCUAAACCCACCCACAUCGCCAUUCCCCUUCCUUCUAGCUUCAUCAACAAAGCUCCAUGUUGUGAUCAUUAA